GUAUACACAACUGACUAGCCGAUAGCUUAGCUAGACAAAACUCUAGGACUGGCUCUGACCGGAUAGUUAGCCGCGUCUCAAUUAUUAUUUAGUUUCCUUGUUUCAGGAGUCACAUGCUUCCUCGUAGUGGUCCAUUCCGCUAAGCGUCAAACUACACAGUAGCUACCUCAUUUAGUCAGUUUCUCUGAAAAAACUUUUAACAGCUUGGAUUGAAUGGUGUUACCCAAGAUCAAUUCCUUGCCGUUCAAAUAAUUAAUGUUUUAACUUGCGUGUAUUUGAAGUUUUCCACUUUUACAAUAGUGUUUUAAUGGGAGUAAUAUCACGUAGCCAAAACUCCCGCAUCGCCGGUUCGCUUUAACAUAAUGGCGUUUCAUGGCUCCCGGCCCGCACUGUGUGGAAACUUGUUCCCGGGGUCGACCCUGGGACACAAAUAUUUCUGUGUAAACAACUCAACAGGCAAUAACGCAACUUGCAGCGGUCCAAACGCCCCCCAAAACCCAGCUGGACCCAGUCAACCCGCCGAGACUCCUCGACACCCGACAAAUAUCGGAGGAAGCACAGGCGGGGGAGCAGCGGUGCCUCAGCCUCACAGCAAUACGGCCAGCGAGGUGCCCAGCCCAGCCGAGAUGGAGCCUGAUAGACCCAUCGGCUACGGAGCUUUCGGGGUGGUCUGGUCAGUGACGGACCCCCGUGAUGGCCGAAAGGUGGCCCUCAAGAAGAUGCCAAACGUCUUCCAGAAUCUGGUCUCCUGCAAGCGGGUUUUUAGGGAGCUUCGCAUGUUGUGCUUUUUCAAACACGACAACGUGCUAUCUGCUUUGGAUAUUCUGCAGCCUCCACAGAUUGACUGCUUUGAAGAGAUAUAUGUAAUAACAGAGCUGUUGCAAAGUGACCUGCACAAAGUUAUAGUGUCGCCUCAGCCUCUCACCACUGACCACAUAAAAGUGUUCCUCUACCAGAUACUCAGGGGCCUGAAAUACCUUCACUCUGCUGGUAUUCUGCACAGAGACAUUAAACCAGGAAACCUGCUGGUCAACAGCAACUGUCUGCUUAAGAUUUGUGACUUUGGGCUAGCCCGAGUCGAGGAGCCAGACACCUCUCGUCACAUGACUCAGGAAGUUGUGACUCAGUACUAUAGGGCUCCGGAGGUUCUGAUGGGUUCACGACAUUAUGGCUCAGCUAUAGAUAUCUGGUCUGUAGGCUGCAUCUUUGCUGAGUUACUGGGACGCCGAAUCCUCUUCCAGGCUCAGAGCCCCAUCCAACAGUUGGACCUGAUAACUGAUUUACUGGGCACUCCUCCACUGUCUGCUAUGGCAUCUGCAUGUGAAGGAGCUCGAGCACACAUCUUAAAAGGACCUCACAAACCGCCUUCACUCUCAGUUCUGUACAUGCUGUCAGAUGGAGCUACUCAUGAGGCAAUUCAUCUGUUGUGCCGCAUGCUAGUUUUUGAUCCAGCAAAGCGCAUCUCGGGUAGCGACGCUCUCUCUCACCCGUAUUUGGACGAGGGUCGGCUGAGGUACCACACAUGCAUGUGUAAGUGCUGCUAUUCUGUGCCCAGCGGCAGAGUCUACACGCGGGACUUCGAGCCUGCGGCUGAGCGUCCUUUCAGCCACAGCUACGAGGAUAGUAUGCUCUCAGUCUGGCAGGGCAAAGAGCUUAUUCAUCGUUUCAUUACUGAACACCAGCAGGGCAAACGAGUGCCUUUGUGCAUCAACCCCCAGAGUGCAGCCUUUAAAAGCUUUAUUAGGUCUACAGCUUGGCAUUCCUCUAAAGUAUCCAGGAAAGAAGAGAGAUGAGAAAUAAAAAUAUACGUUCAAAUAAGAAACAGAGGUGACGUUUACUAUAGGAGCAUGCUUGUGCUUCAGAGUAACGACUGUUUACUUUUGGUUCUUAUUGGAUUAUAUAGGAACAAAAGCCUAAACUCAUUGCCAAGCUUGGCACAGGAACAACAUUGUCCAAAAACCUACAGUACCUGUUUCUGUAGACAUUUUUUUCCAAUAGUGAUGAUUCACAAAUGCUGCUGAGAACAUUUUUAUACUGACUGAGCUUGAUUAUGAAAAGUUUUGAAUUUGAAAAGAGAUCUUUUCAUGGAUUGAAGACAAUGCCACAUAUUUGUGUUUGUCCCUCAAUGUUGUGCAAUACCAGUGUGUAUGUGUGGGGGGGGAGUAGUAUUUGUGGGCUUUAACUGCCUUUUAGAAACAUGUCACAGUUGCUUUGUUUAAUGUCUUUGCUACGCUACUAUGUUUCAUUAAGAGAUUCAAGUUUUUUGUCCUCACCACAUUUUUAU